AUUCCCGCUUUGAAUUUUAGUAUAGGCUCAAGACAUGUACAUAAAGUUUUUAUAUGUAAAUAAUGACAUGCAUGCAAGAGUGUGAAGGCAUUAAAUAACCUGAUCAUGCUGUAAACGAGGGGAACAAUUUUAUCAUGCCAGUUGCAUGGACCGAUAGCCUAACACUGAGAUUAGUAACCUUCUAUAGUAAACAUGAGUGUUUGAGAAAUCCUUUUCAUCCAGACUACAAGAAUAAGCAGUGUCGUUACAAGGCUUAUAAACAGAUAGUGAAUUCUAUGAACGUUUGUGGCUUAACGAUUUACGAUUGUAUCAAAAGAGUUACCUCUGUGAAGGCCCAAUAUUGUUACGAGUUGUCUAAGAUCAGUGCUGCAAUUUCUUGCGAGAAAUUUUACAGACCAACGACAAGCUGGUUUCCAAUAGUUCACGAGCUGUUUUUCCCGUUUGUACCAAUUUAUAAUUGUGCAAGUGACUGCUACAAGACGUAUGGCGACAGAACAGACACGUAUGAAAAUUAUAACGAAACGCAGGAUCCAUCGACACGUUCGUUUUUCGUGGAACAGAGAGUAUUAAGCACAGACUGCGAUUGCCCGCACGCAACAUGUUAUUGCGAUAAAUUAAACGUAGUUAAAUCUCGUCUUAGGAAAUCAGAAAGAUUAUCUUCCUCUCGGGCAGAAGGUGAGGGAAUCGUUACUUUGCAAAGUACAACGUUAGAUUGCAAAGAUUAUGCUCAUCCGCAGAGAGUAUCUCGAGUUGAUGUCGGGAGCAGUACUAAGAAAGGUAUCAGUGUCGAGCAGGCAACACAAUCCGAAAUCUCUUAUUUCAAAACCGCGUGUGCAGCUUGUCAAGUAUGUGUGGAGAAUGAGUUGCCUCGCAAUUUGACGAGGAAUGAUCUGGUAGAAGCAAACGCUAGUUGCACAGAUUGUGUUUUACCAGAAGAAAAUAUUAAAGGGAAAAGAAAAGUUGACGAGUUCGAUAUGUUUGGAAGGAGUAUUGCGUUUCAACUGCGGAAUGUAAAUUUUGAAAUUGCUAUUGAGCUGGAGAAACGUAUACAGGAUCUAAUUGCGCAAGAACGUUUAGAUCACAUGAAAUUGACAUAUUCGGAUUGUACAUCGUCCAAAUGCAGUGAAUGUGCGAUUUUGCGCGAGGAAUUGGUUUGCAGCUGCGGCCUUCCGGUUAUCAUGAUCAAGCCAGAUUCAUCCUGCGAUUUUCAUUGCAAGCAAUAAAUAACAACUCUUGCGAAUUGUCUAUAUUUGUUCAGCGUUUAGGGAAAAAUUUUGUCAAAAAUAUAAUAAAGUAGGUUCUAGUGCUAACGCGUAGAAUCGCAGUGAAAUAAAGUUAACAAAGCAACAGAGUUUGACAAAUGCUUCCGUUCGAUGUAUCGCGCGGUCAAGUUCAGUCGCGUUCUCUAACUGAAACUGAUUUCAUCUCGUGUUUCACAAGCGUGUAAAAUUGUAAACGUACAAAAAGUCACAAGUACUAUUUUUACAGAGAUAUUUGUUAUCGAAAUAUUUGUUCGUACUGCGAAAAAAAAAAAAAAUGCCGUCCAAAUGGAAUGAGAGACUAGUGAUCAGCUUUUUGAAAGCGUACAAGCAAUAUCCAUGCCUCUGGAAUCCUUAUCACAGGCAUUAUUAUAACUGUUACGAGAAGAACAAGGCAUUGCAAAGAAUUAUUGACGAUCUUGGUAUACCUGGUUUUACUAUAACCGAUUAUUUGUACCAGAUCAAGAACAUAAAAGAAAAGUAAUGUACGACCGGUAGUUUCGGUAAUGAACAUUAUGAAAGGAGUAAGAGAGAAAACAAAACAAAAAAGAAAAAACACCAUAAACA